UGUAAAUGAACUGCAUGGAACAAUAAUGUUCUAUUCUGAAUGACAGCCAUGUGCCCUCUUCAAUCCAAAGAAACUACCGAAAAGUUAAGCUACGAUUUUCUUUCAGAUAACUCAUGCUAAUUUUGUGUUAAAGCAAAGGAAAAUGGCUUAUCGAUUCAACUAAUUUUCAUAUCUUAUCCAACAACAAAAAAGCGACUUCUGCAGAAAUAAUGUAAACAGUACUGCACGUGUAACAAUAUUCAGACCACAAUGAUGCAUACAAUCACUAUUAUACUUUCAGCAUUAGUUUUGUGCUCUGGACUAGACAAUAAUCCGAUACGUAAUACAAAAUAUGGUCAAAUUCGCGGGAAAGUGACAACGCGACUUCCGGGAACAGAAGUAGAAGAAUUCCUUGGCAUACCAUAUGCAGCUCCGCCUAUUAAAUCACUUCGUUUUAAGAGACCUACAGAUCCUACACAAUGGGACGGCAUAAUGAACACUAAUACAAUCCCACCAGCCUGUCCACAAGUUAGCUGGUAUUAUUUGAGUAAACAUAAACCAAACUUCCAGUUAUCUCACGAAGAUUGUCUGUUUAUGAAUAUAUUUGUACCGAGGGUAAAGGAAGAUUCUUUGCCUGUCUUGCUUUACAUACAUGGCGGUUCAAACAGAGUGGGAAUGGGUGCUAUGUUUGAUGGAGAUAUAUUGUCAGCAUAUGGCAAGAUAGUGGUGGUCAACUUCAACUACAGGCUAGGUAUACUAGGUUUCUAUGCCGACAGAAGUGAGGGCAUUGAAGGUAACCUUGGAUUACUUGAUCAAGUAAAAGCGAUGGAAUGGGUACAGAAAAACAUUCAUUUCUUCAACGGAGAUCCAACAAAAGUAACAAUAUACGGACACAGCGCUGGCGCUGGCAAUGUUGGUCUCCAUCUUGUAUCGGAUUUAACAAAAGGGUUGUAUAGAUAUGCAAUAGUUCACAGUGGAUCUCCCUUAGCUUACUGGGGCGUUUCUGAUUGUAUACCGACGAUGAAGAGCAAAACAGUUCCAGAUGAUUGUCAGCAAGGAUCCAGUUAUCUGCAUGAUAAUAUUGACUUUACGAACCUCUUGUCGGGACCAGUCACUUAUAAAAUCCUAGACUUGCCGGGAGAAAAAACCCCACUUGGUUUGGUGGCAUUUAAACCGGUGCUUGACGGCCAUUACUUAAAAGAUAUACCAGAUAAAAUGUUCCAGUGUAAGCAAGUUCACGCUGAAUCAGUUCUUUUGGCUAUGGCAAAAGAUGAAUUCUUUCCAGAGUAUUACGGAUCCACAUAUCAAAGAAAACCAGGUGAAGAUUUCGAUUUUGACGGCUUAUUUACUGAAGAUAAUGCAGAUACAAUAAAAAAAGUAUUUGAAGAAUGGAAGAAAAAUAAUAUUUCUACAUAUCCACAUUAUGCUCAGAUGGCAUCUGACGUCAUUUUCUUCGCGCCUAUGGUUAAACUGGCAGAUAUGAUAUCAGAAUGGAUGAAACGUGUAUAUCUGUUGAGUUUCGAGUAUGUUUCUCAAAAUCUUACAGGACCUGAGUGGCAGGGCGUUCCCCAUGGAUGGGAUUUAUUUUAUGUAUUUGGAGCCCCAUUAGAUGGUCAUCCGAACCAUGUCUACACACCAAGAGAUGUACAGGUUUCCAAAACAACGAUGAAAUUGUUUAGUAAUUACGUUAAAUACGGGUAUCUUAGUGUAGAUGGUAAGCGACAACUAGAUAUGUAUAACAGUACGACGAAAUCAUUUAAUAAGCUCCAUUACCAAGCUGGAAAACCAGUGGUCUCAGCUGAAUACAACUUUAGAAAACCAAGAAUGGAUUUUUGGAACAAAUAUUUGUUUACUGAAGAACCUUUUACGUGCAAUAAAGCUUGUAACGUCGAAUUCAGAAUACAUUUCUUUAUAUGCUGCUUAUUAGUUGUGUAUUUAUUUAUCUGAUUGACUACCUCAUUGAUACAGUUGUGUAUAUAACGAAUAACAUGUAAAUACAUAUUGUUAUAUAAAUGUAAAUUGUAAAUAACUGAUAAACUAUUUUUCUGUUUAGCCAUGGAAGUAAUGUACUUCCUUAUUUAGCAACAAUAUGGAAUACUUUCUAUAGCUGACGUCGUUAUUUUCUAGCGUAAAAUAUGGCAAUCAAGUUUUGAAACUAUCAAAAAGUCGUAAUUUUAUUUAUUUCUUUUUCAUACAAAACAAUUAAUGAACAUGUACUAAGAGAAUAUCAUAUUGCUUUUCAAUUUCACAUUCGUAUCAACCCGAGACAUCAAUAUAAUUCUAGGAACUCUGCAGGAGGGCUUAAAUUGGUGGCGGGUUGAUACGGUGUGUGAUAUUGAAAAAAAAAACCCGUAUCAUAUGCACUUUAUUAUAUACUUAGUAGUAAAUACAGGUAAAUUGUAUGUGUAAUACAAUUGAUGGCAAUCGUGCUGUAUCAGCCAUCCGUGAUGAUAUCGAUACCAGUCACUGUUGCAAAGGCUUUAUCAAACCCCUAAUCUGUAUGACGUCACGUAAUCGAUAUCAGUCACGGUUACAAAAGCUUUAUCAAACCCCUAAUAUGUAUUACGUCAUGCACCUAAUAUGUCUCGUGAAAAAUACAUAAGAGAGAUUAGCUGUACUUGAGUUACAUGUAUAUAAUAAAGUGUAUAUGAUAUGGCUUUUUCAAUAUCACACACCGUAUCAACCCUCAACCAAUAUAAUCCCUCGAGCAGAGCUCUUGGGAGUAUAUUGGUGUCUCGGGUUGAUACAAGUGUAAUAUUGAAAAGCCAUAUGAUAUUCUCUAUUUAUUAUAUACAUCAAGUAGAUGAUUUUUCAGGUGACGUGACACAAUACAUAUUCGGGGUUUGAUAAAGCCUUUGCAACCGUGACUGAUAUCGAUUACGGCAUGACAUAUUAUUUUUUUUUGUGAUGGAUCUUAUAGAUUUUCAUUUGUUUUAUUCAAAUUAGAAGAGUUUUAUAAAGGAAAAAAGGAAUUGUUAUUUAAAAUAUUCUUGGUGUAUUGUAAAUAAAUGGUUAUUUGUUUCGAAAUAAAAGUGUAUUUUCA